UGGCGAUCCUUGAAAAUUCAAAAGCGAGGGAAACGUCAGUUACCGGCCGGUGCCGCGAAACGUGUCGCUGGUGGGAUUUCGGAGUCGCGGCGAGUCGAGCGAUCCUCGUCCGGCGUUUUUCCUCGCGCCUGCCGCAUCUCAGGACCGUGCCUCCGUUAUUCGUGCAUUUAGAUUUAACUAACAUAGAUAUCGUACAACAUAUUGGCCAUAAUGAACUUUGAGUUUAAAAACCUACCAUCGGCCAUACCCCCCGAAUACAAAGAGGCUGUUCAAAGCACGUCGCGAAAGAUGCUGGAUCACAUUGGCAGAAGGGGCAAGAGUUACGUAUGGAGCUUGGAUGAUUUCGAAAUCGGCUCGCCGCUGGGAAGAGGAAAAUUCGGUCGCGUGUACCUGGCCAGGGAGAAGACGUCUCAGUACAUGGUUGCCCUGAAGACGUUGUACAAGGUUGAGCUGGUGAAAGGACGCGUGGAGAAGCAAGUGAUGCGGGAAAUUGAAAUACAGUCGCACUUGAGACAUCCAAAUAUUCUUCAACUGUUAACAUACUUUUACGACAACAAGAGGAUCUAUCUGGUGUUGGAGUUCGCCGCGAGAGGUGAACUGUACAAGGAAUUGAAGCGUCAACCAAACGAGAGAUUCAGCGAGCAUCUAUCUGCCAAGUACACUUACCAAGUGGCCGACGCUCUCGAGUACUGUCACAGGCACAACGUGAUUCACCGAGACAUAAAGCCGGAGAAUCUGUUGCUCACGUAUAACGGAGAUAUAAAGCUCGCAGAUUUUGGCUGGUCCGUACACGCGCCGUCCUCAAAGCGGGACACGUUGUGCGGAACAUUGGAUUAUUUGCCACCCGAGAUGGUAAUGGGACAGACGUAUGAUUUCUACGUUGACCAUUGGUGCUUAGGAAUUCUCUGCUACGAGUUUCUCACGGGGCAGCCGCCUUUCUUAAGUGGCUCCACGCAAGAAACGUACGCGAAGAUAAAGACAAUAAAUGUACAGUGGCCAGAACAAAUUAAACCUGCGGCCAAAGAUCUUAUAUCCAAGUUGAUCAAGAAAAAGAGUUCGGAGCGAAUUUCCUUGGCCGAGGUUAAGAGACAUCCCUGGAUCGUGGAGCACAAGAAUUUGCGUAAACUAAAAGCCUAAACUUAAAAAGAAUAUUACUCUGUAUCGACUUCACAACGUAUAUUUUAUUAAUUCUUUUGUACGAUUUUUGUUGCAAUAUCAAAUUAGACUCGCGUUA